UCGUGAUUUUACAUAUUUGGUCCUUUUAUUUUUAAUAAGCCGCGUGAAAUAAUUAUAAAAUUUGCAUUAGUGCGAAGUCUAACAACUAGGGAAUAAUGAAUGCAGAAUCCUUGAAACUUUCAAUAGAGCAAUAUGAAAUACAGCUGGCUGGUGUAAUGAAAUCACUUGAAACAGAAAAUGGAUCAGGUAGAUCUGAUCUAAUCGAUUUAAAAGCUGAUCUAGAGCAGUUGAUACAUGUAUCAAAAGAUUAUCUGAAAGAAUUAUUAGAACAAAAUAUUGAAUUAAAUUCACAAGAAAAUGAAAUUGAUCAGGAAUAUUCCAGUUUUAUGAGUGAAAUAGCUGCCUUAGAUGAACCGAAAGAACAAAACAUACCUAUUUCUCCAAAACAAGGAUUUGAAAAUUUAAAUGAUAAUCUAGCGGGUAUAAUUGGAAUGAAAUGUUUAGUGAGUCACACACAUAAUUCUGGCCGCAAGGAAAAACAUUUGGCGAUGGUAUCAGAAAUAUGCAGUUCUUCUGAUGUGCAAAAUAUGGAAGACAUUCAAGUAAAGGUCAUGUUUACACAUCCAACUUUGCAAGAAAUGCUUCCUUGCCCAUAUUUUUUAAAUGGUGAUUGUAAAUAUGAUGCAGAUGAAUGUCAAUAUUCACAUGGAAAAGUUGUUUCUCUUAUAAAUCUUCAAGAUUAUGAUAAACCAGAUUUUUCAAGAAUUGAAAAUGGUGAUAGUGUGUUAGUAAAACAAACAAAUCAGUUAUGGAGCAAGGCAACUGUUACAGAUAUUGAGGAUAAUAUGUUAACAGUAUCAAGUGAUGGCAAAACUCAUUGUAUAGUUAACUUCGAAGACAUUAUCCCCAUAGAACAAAUAACACUACAAGAUGAUGUUUCAUCAAGCAGUGAUGAUAGCUUUGAAGACGAUUGUUCUGCAGAAGCUAUAAUGCCACAAGUCCGUACUUUUACAUUUAAUGAUUCAAAUCUUGCUGAAUGGGAGAAGUAUACAAAGGGCAUCGGGUCUAAAUUAAUGCUUGCCAUGGGUUACAAAAUGGGCAAGGGAUUAGGUAAACAAAGUGAAGGGCGAGUGGAACCUGUACCUGUACAAAUUUUGCCCUCCAGAAUGAGUUUAGAUCACUGUAUGAAAAUGCGUGAAGAUGCAGGAGGGGAUGAAAAUCUUUUUAGUAUAAAUCGACAUAUAAAAAAAAUUAGAAAGAAGCUAGUGAAUCAAAAUGUUAAAAAUGAUUUCAAUCACAUAAGGAAAAAUGAUGUUUUUGGUCUGAUAAACGAAAUGUUCUCUAAUAAAACGACAAAUAAACCCCAACACCGACAAAUUCUGAUAUCUAGCUCUAGCAAAGAACUGAAUGUGAGUAGUUUUCAACUGGGAGAAAAUAUUAAGAAAACUAAGAAAGAUAUUUUAAAAUAUGAGGAAUCUUUAAAACGACAAAAAUCAAAAUCAACAUCUUAUAAAGAAAUAUAUCAGAAACUAGAAGCAAAAAGGUUAGAGUUACAAAAACUUAAAAAUGAUGAAAAUGCAGUGUCUGAAGACCGAGUGGUUAAGGUGACCGCAUACUCGGUGACAUCACUCUGGAAGCACAAGGUGAGGUGGAUCGAAUCCAGCUGGAGACGACGACGACCAACUCUGAAGCAGAAAAAAUGGAGCAGUGCUGGUGGCUGGCUGUUGGCAGACGCGCGAAGGUCCUGA